AUGACUUGCUUGCGGCUGGUUGGUGGCUCUGUGGCACGUGAAGGUCGCGUAGAGAUCUAUUAUCUGGGACAAUGGGGCACAGUUUGUGACAGUGACUGGAACAUCAGGGACGGUCAGGUUACCUGUAGAAUGCUGGGAUACAGUGACGCAGUAGCGGUGUACCCCAGCGCUAGGUUUGGCCAAGGAAACGGGACAUUGAUGCUGUCCCACAUAAACUGUACAGGAACGGAGUCUUCUUUAGAAGAAUGUGACAAACCCCUCUGGGUCACAACCUGUAGCUAUUACCAGGACGCGUCUGUCCGGUGCAAGGAUCCAGGACUGGCGUCCGUAGAAUGCACGUUUGAGGCGGAUUUCUGUGGUUACAAUCAGAGCUACUCCAAUAAUCUGAACUGGGUCCGAAGUCAGGGAUACACAUAUUAUUCUAACGCUCCCGGCAGUGAUCACACUCUUGACUCCUCAUAUGGAUACUAUAUCUACAUGUCGGGCAGCAAUGGGAGACCAAAUGAAACCGCGCGGAUAACGUCCCCUGUGAUCAAAGUGAACACCAGCACGGUCUACAACAUAUCGUUUUGGUUCUACAUGAGGGGUAGAGAGCUCGGUUAUAUCAGGGUGUUGGUGAAACGUUCUGAAACGAUGGAACAAGAACUCUGGAACUUUACAGCAGUUACAGGAAGUUAUUCUUGGCUAGGUCACUUUCUUCACAUCUCGACCAGUAGUGAUUUUCAGGUCAUCUUUGAGGGCGUGAGAGGAGGAGAUUCAAGAUCGACCAUAGCCUUGGAUGAUAUAUUUAUCUGUCCAGUGAAAGGGAACACUACACUAGUACCAGUUACUGUUAGUGUGCGUCUGGCCGGUGGUUAUUAUCCCUGGGACGGCAGAGUGGAAAUCUACCACGCAGGAGUGUGGGGCGACAUCUGUGGCUCGGGAUGGGACAUUUAUGACGCGCAGGUCGUUUGUAGGAUGCUAGGCUAUCGAGGGGUUGACGCUGCUUACACUCACAGUGGCAUGUGGCUCUACAGCUCUGUCUCCAGGACCUGGCUCAGCGAUGUUGACUGUGUGGGUUUCGAAUACUCCCUAGAAUAUUGCACUCACUCCAGAUGGGGCUUCAGUUACUGUUUUGGCAGCACUAUGGCCGGUGUCAGGUGCACUCCUCCUGAAAAUGCUAAUACCACUAUUCGGUCAAAUGUGACUUGUUCCUUCGAAUCAGGUUCAUGUGCUUUUCAGCCGUCUUUUGAAAAUUUGUCCACGUCUUACAAUUGGUCAGUUAUAUCAGGCAGCACUCCAUCUAGCGGGACAGGACCUUACACUGACCACACUUUGGGCACUUUAUCUGGGCAUUACAUCUACGCCGAGGCAAGCUCUGUGUCCCGUGGUGCCAACACAAUCUUGAUAUCGCCUCCACUGGAGCCCCGUGGAAGAAAAUCGUAUAACGUAUCAUUCUGGUAUCACAUGCAUGGUAAUGACAUGGGGGCACUUAAUAUUCGCGGCAGAUCGCUCAGCUCAUCGCAAAUUAUUUUUGAAGCUAUCUGCGGUUCUGGUUUCCGCUCCGAUGUUGCACUAGACGAUAUCAGCAUUGUUCCAAUCAUACGCCACUAUUUGUACGCCAGGAAUACCUAUGGCACAGGCGCUGUUGCCCGGUAUAUCUCGCCGCCCCUGGCUAAUAAUACAAGAUAUAUCGUGUCCUUCUGGUACAUGUUCCCUAGUUUCUACAGAUCAGCUCUGCGUGUCCUGGUCCAUGGGACAGAGAGAGACGUUAGGUGGUCAAACAGCGGCUACAGCGACAUCACUUGGCGCUAUGGGUACUUCAUCCUGACCAUGAGCCGCGAUUUCCAGAUAGUGUUUGAGGCAUCUCUGCUAAGCAGCUCUUCAGCUUACAUCGCCGUAGACGAUAUUAACAUUGCCCGAUACACUGGGUCGAUGACAACGCUAAUGCCAACGCCAUCAGUGAAUAGCAGCAAUGUGCGUCUGGUUGGCGGCGUGUAUGCACGUGAAGGACGAGUUGAGGUCUUUUACCAAGGACGGUGGGGGACUGUUUGCGACGACGGUUGGGAUUUGAGAGAUGCACUUGUGGUGUGCAGGUGGCUAGGAUACUUUAUAUUGCACUCAGUACAUACAUAUAGCUUUAUUUUUAGUGACGCGGAUGCUGCAUACGACAAUGCUCGCUUUGGAGCUGGUUCUGGCCCAAUCUGGUUGGACGAAGUUUCUUGCACCGGGGAAGAAAACUCCCUGUGGGAAUGUCGCCAUCCUUCUGCUGGUAAUCACGACUGCAGCCACAGCGAGGACGCCGGAGUCCGCUGUUCAGGUCAAACGACCACUGUAAGGCCAACCGUGGCUAUUGGCACCAUCCCAAGCGUGGUCUGUGCCAACACGACCAUGAACCAACCUCUGGCCAGAACCUGUGCCCAGUUUGUGGUCUGUGGAGGGUUGCCAUACCUGGCCAGCUGUGGCAGCGGCUUUUGGUUCUCAAAGAAAACCAGGACUUGUGUUGCGUUUUCAACACUGAGCAAUGAGUGUUACCCAAGUGGAAGCAGGAAACCAGGUAACCUGUAUCAUUGUUAUUACCAAAUAUUAUGAGACAAGGUAGGCCCAACCCAGAUAAUGCUAUUUUGGCUAAGAUUUACAUUUAAAUAAACAUUUUAAUCAAGAGUGUAGUCACUUUGGCAUUACAUUUGAUUUGAGCAAUAUACUACUGCUGAAGCGGCUUUGGUAGUUUAAAAAAUCGAUAAACAUCGCUUGGGAAAGGGACUUAUUUAAUGGCUAACUUUAUCGAAAUGCUUUUUUUAUUUUUUGAGGCAUAUAUUAUACAUAUGAACAUAUCUUUUCAUGAUUUUAUUCUAUAAUCAUUGCACCUAAUGACAUGGUACAUGAGAGAGAGUGAAUGUUCUGAUUCCUUGAAGAUUAUCAUUUUUCUUUACUGGUAUUAAGAGAACACCCUUCAUUG